UCGUCUUCGAGAGAUUGUGUUUCUGAAAUGGAGUUUUUGUUUUGUGGUAAGAUCAGGUUUUUGGGGAAUCAGAUAUGGAGUUCAAGAAAUUGAGGAGGCUCUUCUCUUCCUCGAAGAAGGUCGACAGCGCCAACAAUUCUCCGAGCGAAUCCGAUAACAGGAAACGGAGAUCCAUUCGAAUACUUGGCUUCGCGGCAGUUUUAAUAGAGUUCGCGAAGAAGCAUUGCAAACGAGCUUCUUCGCCUAAUCAAGUUCACUCUUCAGUUCCCUCGCGAUCUUACUUGUCAUUUUCCUGUUUUAACGGGAAGAAACUAAGAGCUGAAACGUCUACCCUGGUGGCUUCGUCCCUGGGCUUGAAUCGGAUCAAGACGAGGUCCCUCCGGGCGACGCUGGAAGCUUGCUUCAGCUUUAGGAAUGGUGAAGCAACUCCGGUGGUGGUACGGUCUGACGACUUGCCGGAGUUGAAUACUCAUCAGGACUCGGAUACAUCCAACGUAUCACCUUCCGACACGGGCACACCUGAGAAUCCAAAGGAGCUAGAACCCCCUCGUUAUCAGGCCUUACUUAACAUGACCAGUGCUCCAAGAAAGUGCUUCUCUGGUGACAAUAAGAGCUUUUCUCAUGAGUUGAACGCGGAAGGUGUAAGGCCUUUUCCAUUAAAGAAGCCUCAUAGGUCGAACAGCUGGGAGGAAGUAUUGAAUCAUAUCAAGGCCAAAUUUAAUAAAGCAAAGGAAGAAGUGAAUGUCGACCUUAAAUUUUUUUCUGAGGACUUGCUUGGAAUUUCUACGGAAAAUGCGAGAAAUAAUCAUGAGUUGAAGGUUAUAACUGGAGCCUUAAUGAUUUUGACACUGAAAUGUACCAAUGCUAGUUCAGGAGAGUUCUGGCUUCACUGUGAGAGGAUAGUUCGAGAGUUAGAUGAUAAACGGCAGGAGCUUCCCCCUGGUGUUCCCAAGCAGCUUCAUACUCGCUUGCUGUUUAUUCUUACCAGAUGUACUAGAUUACUUCAGUUUCGCAAGGAAGGUUGGAGGCAGGAGGAAGAUUUCGUACAGCUAAGUCAGUCAAGACUUCUCUCUUCUCCGUACAAUGAAACUUCUUGGAAUAGACUUCCAUCUAUAGGGUCGAAAGGUGUAAAAGAAGCUGCAGUAUCAAUUAUCUGUCGUAUAUGCGAGGAGGAUGUUCCCACCACCCACGUGGAAGAUCACUCUAAAAUAUGUGAUUUGGCUGAUAGAUAUGAUCACAAGGGUGUGAGUGUUGAUGCGCGGCUGGAGAGAGUUGCUUUGACUCUUAUUAAUAUCAAAAACUUUAGGCUAAGUGGCCGCGUCCCAAGAGGACCAGACGACAUGCUAGACUGUUUCGGUCCCAAGUCUGAUCAAGGCAUGACUACUACUUCAUCUGCCAGUAGCAUGACUCCUAGAUCCCCUAGACCCAAUCCAUUUGAAUUGUUAGGAGGCAAGGUUACAUUCCAUGACCGGUAUGAUAUUCCACUGAUGACUGCACUUUCUAACAUUGCAAGACGAGCAGCAAAAGCCAUAUCACAUGAUGAUAAAUCCAUGACGAUCUUACAUUCUUGUCUUCAUGACUUGAGGGUUACCGUAGACCGCAGAUAUUUUGAUGCGCUUACAGUAGAAACUUUCGGGACACGCAUAGAAAAGUUGAUACGUGCUAAGUAUCUUCAGCUGAACGAGAUUCUGGAUGAUGAAAAAGUUGACCUGUCAAGCACCGUAAUUGAUGAAGAUGUUCUUUUGGAAGAUGAUGUUGAACGCAGUUUGAGGAUCAGAUCAGUACAUCUGCGGGACCGUAUAUCCAUUGAUGAUUUUGAGGAGAUAAAAGAAAUUAGUAGAGGAGCUUUUGGGAGAGUUCUUUUGGCUAAAAAGAGAGCAACAGGAGACAUAUUUGCAAUUAAGGUUCUGAAGAAGGCAGAUAUGAUCCGCAAGAAUGCUGUUGAAAGAAUACAUGCUGAACGAGAUAUUUUGAUCAACGUCCGCAAUCCCUUUGUGGUUCGAUUCUUCUAUUCUUUUACUUGUCGCGAAAACCUGUAUCUUGUGAUGGAGUACGUGAAAGGGGGUGAUGUUUUUUCAUUGUUAAAAAUUAUUAGCUUGGAUGAAACUGUUGCCCGUGUAUACAUUGCCGAAGUUGUCCUAGCUUUGGAAUAUUUACACUCUGAGGGUGUUGUGCAUCGUGAUUUGAAACCUGACAAUAUAUUGAUUGCACAUGAUGGUCAUGUUAAGUUGACAGAUUUUGGGCUCUCCGAAGUUGGUCUCAUCGACAGCACCAGUGAUCUAUCUGGUUCAAAAUUGCCAACAUUGGAGCAUAAGUCUGAAAGGCGAGAUAGGCUUGGCACUCCUGACUACAUGGCGCAAGAAAUUCUUCUGGGGACAGGACAUGGUGCAACUGCGGAUUGGUGGUCUGUUGGCGUCAUUUUGUUUGAAUUCAUUGUGGGAUUUCCGCCCUUCAAUGCUGAUAGUCCUCAGCAAGUAUUUGAUAAUAUUAUCAACCGGAGAAUACCAUGGCCUAGUGAUCCAGAGAUGAGCUAUGAAGCCCGUGAUUUGAUAGAUCGGUUAUUAACGAAAGAUCCUCAUCAGAGACUUGGAGCUAGAGGGGCGGCUGAGGUCAAGCAGCACAUCUUCUUUAAAGACAUAAACUGGGACACUCUACCAAAGCAGAAGGCUCCUUUUGUGCCGGAAACAGAAGAUGCUCUUGACACAAGUUACUUCCAAAGUCGCUACGCUUCGGAUAAGCGAUCUUCUCCAACCAAUGAGAAUGGAAAGUCUUGUGAAAGUGGCAGCAGUGGUUGCCUCAGCAAUGAUCACAACGAUGGGGUUGAUGAACGUUGCGGACCUGCAGAGUUGGAAACUAAUGUUUCGGAAAAUAACCCAUUUGAUAACUUCUCCUACAAGAACCUCAGUCAGCUGGCAUGUAUCAAUUAUGAUUUGGUGUCCAAAGGUCAGAAACAUGGAACAGCAACAACUUUGUAUCCAAGACAACAAAACACAUUUAUCUUUGAGACUUUGGUAGAGAGAGGGUUGUGAAAUGCGUGUCUUUUCAUUCAAAAAAAGA